AUGCUGCGAAGCAUCUCUUCGCGCACCAUCCCCCGUGCCGCUUGGAGCGCCUCCACUCUCGCCUCGGUCUCGGCGCGUCUUCCAAAUCGAUGCACUUUGAACGCUUCGCUCAGAUCCUACCAGUCUUCGUCCCAGUCUCAACAGGCUAGUCCUGCUCCUGCCAAACCCAAUGCUCCCUCCGGUUCCGACACCUUUAUCAACACCACCAACGCCUACUAUGCCGAAGAGAUGCACAAGCUCUGGAAACAAGACCCCAAAUCCGUCCACGCCUCUUGGGACGUCUACUUUUCCGGUCUCGCAAAGGGCCUUGCCAGUGAGCACGCUUUUCGCGCUCCUCCCACUCUCAUGCCUCUUCCCAUGGAGGCGCCCCCCGUCGACGUCUCGGGUUUCAGCGGCUCCACCGAUGCCGUCGAUGAUCACCUAAAGCUUCAGCUCCUCGUCCGAGCUUACCAGGUGCGUGGUCACCGCAUCGCCCGUCUCGAUCCUCUCGGCAUCCUCGACCCCGAUCUCGACCCCAACGUCCCCGAGGAGCUCAAGAUUGAGCACUACGGCUGGUCCCAGGCUGACCUGGAUCGCAAGAUGCGUCUCGGCCCCGGUCUGCUUCCCAACUUUGUCGACUCGGGCAUCCACGAGCUCACCAUUCGCGAGAUCAUCGACGCCUGCAAGCGCAUGUACUGCGGCUCCAUCGGCGUACAGUACGUCCACAUUCCCGAUCGCGAAAAGUGCGACUGGCUCCGAAAGCGUAUCGAGACUCCCGAACCCUUCAAGUACUCGGUCGAGGAGAAGCGCACCAUCCUCGACCGUCUCAUCUGGUCCGACUCGUUUGAGCGCUUUAUCGCCUCCAAGUAUCCCAACGAGAAGCGCUUCGGUCUCGAGGGUGGCGAAUCGCUCAUCCCCGGUCUCAAGACGCUCAUCGACCGUUCCGUCGAGCACGGCGUCGACAGCGUCACCAUCGGCAUGCCUCACCGUGGCCGUCUCAACGUUCUCGCCAACGUGAUUCGCAGGCCCAUCGAGGGUAUUCUCCACCAGUUUGCCGCCAAGGAGGACGACGGCGAAGGCGGAGGCGACGUAAAGUACCAUCUCGGCGCCAACUACGUCCGUCCCACCCCUUCCGGUAAAAAAGUUGCGCUCUCGCUCGUCGCCAACCCCUCGCAUCUCGAGGCCGAGGACCCCGUCGUGCUCGGUAAGACGCGCGCCCUCCAGGACUUUGCCAAGGACAAGGAGCACGCCACCUCGAUGGCACUCCUCAUGCACGGUGACGCCGCCUUUGCCGGUCAGGGCGUCGUCUACGAGACCAUGGGAAUGUACAACCUCCCCAACUACGCCACCGGCGGUACCGUUCACAUUGUCGUCAACAACCAGAUCGGCUUCACCACCGAUCCUCGCUUUGCCCGUUCCACGCCGUACCCCUCGGACAUUGCCAAGUCCAUCGACGCGCCCAUCUUCCACGUCAACGGCGACGACGUCGAGGCGGUUACCUUUGUCUCGCAGCUCGCUGCCGACUGGCGUGCCACCUUUAAAAAGGACGUUGUCAUCGAUCUCGUCUGCUAUCGACGUCACGGUCACAACGAGACCGACCAGCCCUCGUUCACCCAGCCACGCAUGUACGCCGCCAUUGCCAAGCAGGACCCCACGCUCUCCAAGUACGCCGCCCGCCUCGUCGACGAAGGCAGCUUCACAAAGUCUGACAUCGAGGAGCACCAAAAGUGGGUAUGGGGCAUGCUCGAGGAGGCCUUUGACAAGAGCAAAAACUAUCGACCCGAGGAGCGCGAAUGGCUCUCGAGUGCCUGGGAGGGCUUCCCCUCACCCAAGCAACUCGCCGAGCAGAUCCUCGACCACAAAGACACUGGUGUCAAGGAGCAAACGCUCAAGCACAUUGGCAAAACCGUUUCCACCUACCCGGACGACUUUACUGUCCACCGCAACCUCGGUCGCAUCCUCAAGACGCGCCUCAAAACGGUCGAAGAGGGCAAAAACAUUGACAUGAGCACCGGCGAGGCGCUCGCCUUUGGCUCGCUCGCGCUCGAGGGCAACUACGUGCGUCUGUCGGGUCAGGAUGUCGAGCGUGGUACCUUUUCGCAGCGUCACUCGGUACUGCACGAUCAGGAGAACGAGGGCACCUACACGCCGCUCCAGCACGUCGGCGAAGGCCAGGCUCCGUUUGUGGUCUGCAACUCGUCGCUGUCCGAGUUCGGAUGUAUGGGUUUCGAGCUAGGAUUCUCGCUCGUCUCACCGCAGAACCUGACCAUCUGGGAGGCGCAGUUUGGUGACUUUGCCAACAACGCACAGUGCAUCAUCGACCAGUUCAUUGCCUCGGGCGAGCGCAAGUGGCUGCAGCGCACCGGCCUCGUGCUCAACCUGCCGCACGGCUAUGACGGUCAGGGUCCCGAGCACUCGUCGGCGCGCAUCGAGCGUUUCCUGCAGCUCUGCGAUGACCACCCGUUCAAGUUCCCCACACCUGAAAAGAGCAACCGUCAGCAUCAGGAUUCCAACAUGGCCGUCGUCUACUGCACCACGCCUGCCAACUACUUCCACGUGCUUCGUCGCCAGGUGCACCGUGACUUCCGCAAGCCGCUGGUCAACUUUUUCUCCAAGUCGCUGCUCCGUCACCCCGAGGCGCGAUCCAACCUGCAAGACUUUUUGCCCGGCACUGGCUUCCAGCGCUUCAUCCCCGAACCUCACGCCUCGGAGGGCAAGGACGAGCUGGUAGCGCCCGAUCAGAUCAAGCGUCACAUUCUCACGUUUGGUCAGACCUACUUUGAGCUUCUCAAGCACAGGAGGGAGAACAACAUCAAGGAUGUCGCCAUCUCGCGCAUCGAGCAGCUCUCGCCUCUGCACUACGAGGCAGUGGUGCAGGCUCUGGACAAGUACCCGAACGCCGAUCUGGUCUUCUGCCAGGAGGAGCCUUUGAACAAUGGUGCAUGGUCGUAUCUGCAGCCUAGGUUGAGGACCGCCUGCAGGCACACACAGCAUCAUAAGAACGACAUUGUCAUCUUGGCUUCCAGGCCGCCUAGCAGUUCGGUGGCUACCGGUUCCAAGGUCGCCCACAAGGCCGAAGUCGAGGCGUAUCUCAAGGACGCCUUUGACUUGGACAGGAAGGCUUCUGAUGAGCUUCUGUAG